CAAUCCAAGUGAGCAGCGCCCUCUGCUUCCUAGCUGUGCUAAUUCUUCCUGUCAUAGAAUCCCCACUGGCACUGUGCGGACCCUUGGAAGAAUCUUCUGCAACCCAGGAUAAUGCUUCCAAGCAUUGUCCCGCCACUGACGAUAUAUCGGUCAAUUCAGCUUCCUCAACUCGGAGCACACUCUGGCCACCCACCACGUCAUCCGCCUCUGCGAAGUUAACUACUAAUAUACGACCAUCAGUAGAGAUGUCAACCGCCACGCCCCGCCUCCAUGAACCAAAUAAAGACUGUCCUCCACGAGUUGGAAUAUCUUCUACUGUGUCAGAGGACAGUGCCUCCGCCUCUACCACAGCACAUGCGAGAACAUCAUCGUCAAAGUCAAAUACCGGUUGUAUGCGACCACCGAUGGAAAUGCCGUUCAUCGCAUCAGAAUUUGGGCAGCCAAGUCAAAAACAUCCGUCAACCGAGCAGCGGUCGGAUCCUGGUACUCGUCGUGAAUUGCUGCCACACAGGAUCGACGUGGCAGUUGCUGAGGCUGGGCUUCAAAAGACUCGGCAGGCUUUGGCUGAGAUCGAUGUUACACUUCCCAAAAUGGACCCGAAGGUGACAAAGAUCUCGAGCUUUAACGAGUGUUCUGACUCGGAGCUGCAAACGGUCAAAAAAACUUCUUCUCACACAUCUAUUCGAAUGGGUGUGGUCACACGGUUCAUGGAGGAUGCUUGUAUCCAGACAGAGCCCGAGCCAGUCGAGGAGAAUCCUACUGAUGUCGCCAUGCUAAUCGAAGAACUCUGCCAAGUUAAGCAGAAGAUCGAAGCUUUGACGGCUCAAUUCCCUACUGCAUCAAAGUCACUCAUUGCUACUGAUGCUCGGCUGGACUCUCUCGGCAAGCGCAAACGCCAAAACUCGGAUGAUGGGGAAAUGAUCGUUUAACGGAUCGAUUAACCUACAUACAAUUCUUGUUCCUUGCGAUGCAAAUGGUUAAAUACGUAUCCUGUCCCGCUGAUUUAGUUGCCUAUCCAUCCUUGCAACGAAUUUUCUCCAAACCACUCCGCCAUUGUUCCUCCAGUAGUUUCGCGAGCCUGAAACAUCAUUUUGUUCACCACCUUCCUUCCUGAGUCGAGCAACAUCUUCUAGAUAACAUUAUACACAUCUCCGCUGUCCUUCCAAAAACAACACUGCGCAGCCCUAAGGUUCUUCCUAAAUCCUGGUAUUUUGCCUGUAGCAUUUUGCUCCGUGGAAAAAACUUGGGUUAUUGCGCUCAGAUUCCGCACCGUCGGUGUUUUACUUAGGGAAACCAUGGUUUCUUGUCAAGUAUGGAGC